AUGGCAGGCCACUGCGCAACCAGCAGCCUACAGCAGAACAGCGCAAGCUCCAGCCAGAGGCCAUCCGGGUGCAAUGCGGUGCAGUGUGAGAAGAGCGAGACGGUCUCCACACGGCUGUGGCGGGACCGGUGGCGUUACAUGCGCUCGGAGUCAGCCCGCACCAAUCUGGGUCUCCCCAAGGCAGAUUGGCACCGCUACCAUCUGCAGAUCCUGUUCGUUGACAGGACAGACACAGUGAGGGCGCGGGUGGCGACAGGGCUCUUCGAAAGGGUGGCUGAGUGGAACGGCUACGGCCGGGCGCUGUACCCCAGUGCGGCCGGGGUAGAUGCAGAGGGUGGGGCGCCGAAUGUGGCGACCACCGCAUCUCUGCUGUCCAUGGCCGGCAUGCUUGGGAUCCGGGCCAAGAUCUUCGCUGCGCAGCGAGAGCGGUUCGACUACGAUGACUUUGACAGGCAUGACAUCAUCGUUGCGAUGGAUGACAGCGUCUUGGAAGACAUCCUGGGAAUUGCAGGCGGUCCCUCAGACAAGGCAUGGUACGCCCCCCGGUGCACGACGCUGACGGCUUUCUCCCGGUACUGCGGCGGAUUGAUCCUGCGCGGCGGCGGCAGCGGUGUACUGGAGCCGGAGCUGCGCGCGAUCGUGGCCCCCGUGCUGCAACGCGCAUGCAACGCCGCCGGCAUAUCUCGGCCCAACCUCGGCAGCGGUCCAGAGGAGUGGAAUAUGAUGGUGGAGGAUAUUGUGGUGGCCUGUGCAGGACUGGUGCAGUAUCUGGCGGAUGCUUACCCCCCAGACCUGCCAGAGUAUGAUCCGGUGUGA